UAGAGUGCAUGAUGUCGUGCUCGAGCUCCACACCUACAACACAACUCAGAAAGCACCUCACAAUUAGUCGAAUUGUUCAAUUAAAACACGAGAAUAAAGUGUACAGAGUAAGUAAAAAGGUAAGAUAAAACGGUCCGCGAUGGCUACUCCAUUGCAACAGCCUUUUGAUCCCGAAGCUCACGGGUUGGACAAAGAUUUCCGUCUGACCAAAUUCACCGAGUUGAAAGGGUGAGGUUGUAAAGUUCCUCAGAAGGAUUUGCUCAAACUUCUGGAGGAACUACAUGUGAAUGAAACCGUGAACCCCGGAGACGGGACCGGUGGUGCUGAUGGGACACAAGUUGAAGACUUUUUAAUGCAACAACAACAACAACAACAACAACAACAACAACAACAACAACAACAACAACAACAACAACAACAACAAUCGUCUGCAACACAACCCCAGUUUGGUAUCGGAAAUGACUGUUGUGUCACACCUCUUCGCCAUGGCGGAUACUGCCUCGUUGAAACCACAGACUUUUUCUAUCCACUCGUUGAUGACCCAUAUGUUAUGGGCCAGAUAGCCUGUGCCAAUGUGUUGAGUGACUUGUAUGCCAUGGGUGUUGUGGACUGUGACAAUAUGCUGAUGCUGUUGGGAAUACCGCAAAAGUUCACCGAUAAAGAAAGGGAUGCAGUCGUGCCUCUGAUGAUCCGCGGAUUCCGGGAUAAUGCUUUACUGGGUAAAACCAAGGUCAGAGGAGGUCAAACUGUCAUCAAUCCCUGGUGUACGAUCGGAGGAGUUGCCUCAAGUGUGUGCUUAGCCAGCGACAUCACGUGCCCGGACAAUGCUGUGGUCGGUGAUGUUCUAGUCCUCACCAAGCCCCUUGGCACUCAAGUGGCAGUCAACGCCUACCAGUGGCUGUCAAGCCCUGAGCAAUGGAAGAGAAUCAGCGCGGUGGUUACCAAGGAAGAUGUAGAGAGAGGUUACCAAGAGGCCAAAUAUUACAUGUCCAAACUCAACAGAGUGGCUGCUAGCUUAAUGUCUCAGUAUGGAGCUCAUGGUGCCACAGACGUGACAGGUUUCGGUAUUCUUGGCCACGCUGAGAACCUAGCCAAGAUCCAACAGAAUGAGGUGAACUUUGCCAUCCACAACCUGCCAAUUAUCGCCAAGAUGCAAUACAUCUCCAAGGGAUGCAGUGGAAUGUUUAAACUUCUCCAGGGUUACUCUGCUGAAACUUCAGGUGGGCUUCUGAUAGCAUUCCCCAGAGAGCAGGCAGCGAGUUACUGCCGUGAGAUGGAGAAACAAGGCAACACGGCAUGGAUCAUAGGCAUCGUGGAGAAUGGUAACCGUACGGCACGUGUCAUCGAGAAGCCACGCGUCAUUGAGGUGACUACUCAUAUACCAUAGUCUGCCCACGUCUCACACUCAAUAAGGUCCCACUCUAUUUAUAAAAUCAACCAUCGUUAUUGGGUAUAACUCACCGGAUCUGAUGCAUCAUAUGAUUCUAAUAAAACCAAACUGUUCACUGAUGUUGUAACGAAUGGUAUACUUGCUGCUGUUUAGAAUUUAAUGGAAUAUAAAUGAAAACGAGAAGACUCCUAGGGGACUGGAAUCCCAAAUUUCUUCAGUGCUAAAGUCCUUCAAACUUCAACCGCCUUGGUUGUGAGCUGAAUAGCAAGCUUGAAGAUGUACCAUGGGAAAAUUGCCAUAGUCAGUAUUUACUGCAGACCUUAAAUGUAUUUAUUGGAUAAUGUGUGUUGACAUCGCGGUCCAGUCGUUAGACUGCAGGACUUGCAUUCACAAGGUUGUUGAUUUGAAUCCUACCAAGCUAAUCGCUGACUUCACCAAGACAAGCAUGAGAACUGUCGUCUAGUUACUGAAUCACAAUUUCUUGGUUUGGGCAACAAUUCAUAGUCAAAGACGUUAAACCAAUAUUUGUAUGAGAGAGAUUGGCUGUUGCAAGUUGGUGUUUAUAUCCCCUUGUUGGAAUUUGCCGAGUUCCCUUGACCGGAAGAUCAUUAAGACAGACAAGACAGUACGUACAAAAUUCAUAGUUCUUGUGCCUUGUGAAGGUUUAUAACAUCGAGCGACUUCCAUCAUCAUCAUUUAGUAGUCGCAACCGAGAUUCCGUUCACAACGUCGUGCCAGAGAGGUGUUUAUCCCUCAUCAUGUUUGGAAGCUCCCAAGUUUCAGACUCUGUAUCUCUACUGAUCAUGUCAAUGUAGAUGAGUGGUCUAGGUCCUCUAUUAGGGCACGGAAGUCUCCAAUAUAACACGUCAGGUAUGACCUGGUCCAAGUUCUGUUGUUAUCAUCAAACAUUAUUACGAUGGAGUAUGCAUUGUUUAAUAAGCAGACGAACAGUUGUUCAAAUAAAAAACAAUUCUUCACUGUUCCCUCGAACGCUGGAAAUUGACCAACGGUGGGGAACAAUCAAGGUAAUGUAAACCAGUAACAAAACUCAUGUUACCCUCCGCGCUGCCAUUGAACAUGUGUCUUUGUGUCACAUCAAGUGAUUCGUCCUUGACCAAUAAAACUUCACAAUUGUUACCGAGCUAUAACAAUCUUGUAUGGACAGUGGAAUGUGGCCAUCAUAACACCUACAUCUACCAAGCCUAAUGCUCGGAGAGGCAGCAAAGCCAAUUGCUUCAUGCCCCUGGUCAUUGCCUCGCUGCCCUUUGAGUUGUUAUCGUACAAGUUCACAAUUCCCUUAUUGUGGAGCCCUUUGAGAAAAGCUGUCUUUCUUCUUAACAAAAAACAAGUAUGAAGGAAAUUCAACGACACAUGCAAAUGUGAUUUGCAAAUGUCCCAGUUAGAACACCCCAUUAUUCCAACAAGUGAGUUUGAAUGACAAAGUCACAAGUUAAUUAUGCUACAGUCAGUUAGGACAUUUCAUCUUAUUCAGUAUUGACCACCUUGUUUUCAGCCGUGCUAUGCAAUGUUAUAAUGUUGUCAUUUUGUAUGCAAGAGCAAAAAUUAGUUUCUUUCUGAUUAGACUUAAAGAAAAGACUUUUGAAGAGAAGUCUUGGUUGUGUUUUUCUCGAUGUCAGGUUGCCCAUACUGUGCAGUAUGCACAAUUAAGGUAGGGUCAUAGGGUGGUUUUUGUCAAAUGGUGGUAUAUGGGCAAAUUUAUCACGAAAAUACAAUGAAAGCCAUGUGAACACAGUUUCUGCUUGCUGAGAAAACGGCAAAGAAACUGUCACUGUACUUUCACAAGAUCUUCGCAUCCAUCCACUUUUAGCAAGGUGACAACGGGUACCAACCACAUCUCUGGUUGUAGCAUUUGCAAAUGGGCACCGACCCAAGUAAGUUUUAUGUUCAUUAGAUUUUGCCAAUUAGAGUAUUUACCAAUCUAUGACCCUACACCUUAAAGGUGAUUAGCACCCAAUUCAGAAAGGUACAUGUAUAGUAUGCUCUUCUUUGCAUACUCAACUUUCUCCCAGUCACGACAUGCAAGCAAAUUGUUAAAUCAUUCUUAGGGUUUAAUUUUUAUCAAAGCAAUGGUUUGUAUCAUUAAUAAUUAAAAGAAUGACAAUGUGUAUAAAUAAGAUGUAAACAAAUUUAAAGAGUAAAGUAAAAACUAUUUUAUUGAAACUUUUAAGAAGUAAAAAAAAAACCAAAGGCAUCAGAUUUGGACACCCCCACCCCCUCCCUUCUUUGCAAACCUGAACCCCUCCUUUAGAAAAAAAAAAUGAAAACAUUUGUAUUAAAAAUUUAAGUUCAGAACUGGAUCUUGCCUCAAAAACUUUCUGGUGCCUUGCCAUCAUCAAAUGGUAUUCACCAACAUUAAAAAAGGUAUAAUGCUACUUUCAAAUUAUUUCAAAUUCUUUUGCUUUGAACACCAAGUUUUCAAGCAAAUUAUCUCUUUGCCCCAACCAACCCCACCAAUGAACGAUGUUCUUCUAAUUUUUGUAAAAAUUAAUCUGCAUUUUAAAAUCGUCUGCUUGUUCUUUGUAACUUCUGGUGGACAAAACAGCUUUUAAAAAAAUAAAUAAAAAUAAACAAAUUAAUUGCUGAUUUUAUGUUUGAGGCAGCAUGGUUAUUAUUUCUCCCUAUCCAACUGAUUUCUUAUGCAUUUUUCCCCCAGAAGAAUUGAGCAGCUUCUGGGUGAAAUGGCCCUCCAAGGAACCCAGUUGGGUGUUGAUUGGAACCCAGUGUAUCCUUGCUUCUCUGGGUGUUCUCCAUGAAACCUAUUCAGGAACCCGGAGCCCAUUGCUCCGGUCUGAGUGGGUGGAUAGACUUGUACAAGUCGAACACUCUUAGAUUAGGAUACCGAGGUUCCAAUUGGGAUUAAUAUAAACAGCAUGACUGCCUUACUUUAUUGCUAAUUUUUGUAUUGUAUGGCUACAAUUAAUUAUGUCUACAAAAAAGGUGCAUAAUAAAUCACAAAUAAAUACAAA